GCGCUCCCGUCGGGCACUGCGGCAGGAAGAGCGGCGGAAGCGCUGCUGCGUCCGCCGGAAAAGGUCCCGCGGCCAGGCCCGUCCGCGCCGCCCAGGCCCGUCCGCGCCUUCCGCCGCCCCGCGCUCCUCCCGCGGCCAGGCCCGUCCGCGCCUUCCGCCGCCCCGCGCUCCUCCCGCGGCCAGGCCCGUCCGCGCCUUCCGCCCGCCGCCCAGGCCCGUCCGCGCCUUCCGCCGCCCCGCGCUCCGCCCGCCUCCCCGCCGCGCCAUGACGGACCGCUACACCAUCCACAGCCAGCUGGAGCACCUGCAGUCCAAGUACAUCGGCACGGGGCACGCCGACACCACCAAGUGGGAGUGGCUGGUGAACCAGCACCGCGACUCGUACUGCUCCUACAUGGGCCACUUCGACCUGCUCAACUACUUCGCCAUCGCCGAGAACGAGAGCAAGGCGCGCGUCCGCUUCAACCUGAUGGAGAAGAUGCUGCAGCCCUGCGGGCCGCCCGCCGACAAGCCCGACGAGUCGUGACCCUCCGUCCCCCUGGUGCCAGCCCCCUCUUGUGUGGUUCCCGCCAAGGACUGACCGGGAGAAGCCUCGCAGCAUGCUUGCUUCUGGACUCUGACUGUGCAGUCGCUCGCCUUUUUUCAAGUGGAAUAUAAUAAAGCUUCCUGGGCAUUCCUAA